CCUUCAUUCUCUGCAUCUCAGAAUGAUAUCAUUGUGUGCGACGUACAGCCCUGAGUCGCGCCAGUGACGCAUUUGGACCUAGAGGAUGGCGGAGCAAGAGUUGUUACGCGUGGUGCCCAGCGACUUAUUCCCUCUUGUGCUUGGUUUCCUGCGCGACAAUCAGUUUCCGGAGGCGGCUAGCAAGUUCGCUAAGGCUACGGGAACCGCCCAACAAGACCCCAACGCCACUUCCCUUUUGGAUAUCUAUAGUUUCUGGCUCAAUAGGUCUUCCAAGUCUCAAAAGCGGAAGUUGCAGGCUAACGGACCAGUGGCAAAGAAGGCUAAGAAAACAGCUGCUUCUGGUGACAGCAGUCAUAAAGGAGAGUCCAAACAGCCUCCAGCUAAGAAACUAGCCACCAAGUCACCUGCUACUUCCCCUCAGCCUGGGAAGUCACCUAUUCCUGCCAAAGCAGCAGAGAGUAGUAGUAGCAGCAGUGAAGACUCCAGUGAAGACUCUAGUGAAGAAGACAAAGAAAGCCAGAAGAAGCCUGUCCAGAAGGGAGCCAAGCCCCCAACCAAGGCAGCCAAACCUUCCCCUAAGGCAACCCAGCCCAAGAAAACUGAAAGUUCCAGUUCUGACUCCGACUCCGAUUCUGACUCUGACUCUGACUCUGACUCUGACUCUGACUCCAGCUCAGAGGAUGAAGCUAACAAGAAACAGAAACCAAAGACUCCAGUUAAGACCCCAGUUAAGACCCCAGUUAAGACUCCAGUUAAGACUCCAGGCAAAGCCACAGCUAAGACUCCAGUUAAGACCCCAGCUAAGCCAGGCACAACUGCCCAAGUCACCUCCAAAUUAGCCAAUGGCAAAGCUGGUAAAAGCAGUAGCAGUAGCAGCAGCAGCAGCAGCAGCAGCAGCAGCAGCAGCAGUAGUGAUUCAGAUGAGGAGGCAGCAGCUCCACCCAAAAAGGCUGUACUGAAGAAACCAACUUCAUCCAAGACCCCUGUGAAACCUGCCCAGGAGAGUUCUAGCAGUGAAGAUUCCUCCAGUGAGGAAGAAGAGGAUCAGAAGCAGAAGAAAAAAUCUGUCAGGGCCAAGCAAGCAGGUCCAUAUAGCUCUGUCCCUCCACCCCCUUGCACCCAGCCAAAGAAGGUGGGAGGGGAUCAGCCACCUAAGAAGAAGGUGGGAGGAGACCAGCCACCUAAGAAGAAGGUAGGAGGGGACCAGCCUUCCAAGAAGGUAACAGUCACUCAGCCCCCCAAGAAGAAAGAAGAAAGCAGUGACUCUUCUGAUAGCAGUGAGGACAGCAGCGAUGAGGAGGAGGCAGCUACUGCGGAACAGGCCAAAGUUGCCACACCUAAGGCUACACCAGCCAAGGCCACACCAGCCAAGGCCACACCAGCCAAGGCCACACCAGCUAAGGCCACACCAGCCAAGACUGCAACAAACAAGACCACAGGAAAGGAGUCCAGUUCAGACAGUGACUCAGAUUCCAGCUCUGAGGAGGAAGAGAAGAAACCUUCCCAGAAGGCAGCCCCUAAACCUGCUGUUGCUGUUAAGUCUACUCCCAAGCAAGCUGUGACUACAAAGGCUGCUGAGGACUCUUCAGACAGCUCAGACUCUGAUAGCUCUGAGGAUGAAGCAUCAGCCAAGCCAGCCUCCGGUAAAAAGCCAGCCCCCAGUCCAAAGGCUUUGCCCAGGAAAGCUGAUAGCAGCUCGAGUGAGGAGGACAGCAGUUCUAGUGAGGAAGAGAAGAAGCCAGUGACAAAGGCUGCAGCAGCUGUCCCCAAACCUAAGGUGGGGGUCAAGGGAACUCCAUCUCCAGGGGCCAAAGUAGCUCCCCAGGAGAGCAGUUCAGAUUCAGAAAGCUCCAGCAGUGAAGAGGAUGAGCCAUCAAGCAAUGUGACUAAAUCCAAGGUGGGGACCACAGUUGUUCCUAAACCUGCCUCAGCAAAAAAAUCUAAGGCCAAGAGUAGUUCUGACAGCUCCAGCGAAGAAGAGGAACAACCAAAACUUAAAAAGAGCUCUAGUCUAGUGACCAAUGGGUCCUGCCCUCCAACACCUCAGAAUGGGAAGACUGGUGCAUCUGUGGAUGAGAAGGAAGAGGAGAUGGCAGCCAAGCCAGUAGGCUCUGGGAAGAAGCGGAAAAAGGAUGCUAGCCCUGGCCAAGAGGCCACUCCCCCUAAGGUGAAGAAACAAAGGCCUCAGACCCCGAACACAGUUCCCCAAACAAAGAAGGGAGAGAAAAGGGCAUCCUCACCUUUCCGAAGAGUCAAGUCAGAAGAAGUUGAAGUGGAUUCUCGGGUGGCUGACAAUUCCUUUGAUGCCAAAAGGGGUGCAGCUGGAGAUUGGGGAGAGAAAGCAAACGAGGUCCUGAAGUUCACCAAAGGCAAGUCUUUUCGACAUGAGAAGACUAAGAAGAAGAGGGGCAGCUACCGGGGUGGUGCCAUUUCCACCCAAGUCAACUCUGUUAAGUUCGAAAGUGACUGAAUGGAGAGACUUUGACUCUGGAGCCUAGGGCCUAGCACCCAGUUCUAUUUCUGGGAUUGGUUGGCUCGGGCUAGUGACUGCUCCCUCAGCCGUAGUCCAGACUUGGCCGUGGACAGGUUUUCAAUGAGGAUCCUUUGGGGAGUGGGUGGGUGGUGGGACAGGAAAGUAAGUUGAGGGAAGUAUUCUUCCAGAAGUGUGUUGCUUAGUUGUCCCCUCAAUCCUCUGAAAUGCAAAUAUAACUCAACCUCACUUGAGAAGUCCCUGAAAGGUUGUAUGUGAAGCAAAAAUUUGUAAUUUUAUAUUGAAUCAUAUUUUCCUAUUGAUUAACAUAACUUGCCAGAGAGACACUCCCACAGGUAACAUUUUGACCCAAUAGACUUGGUUAAAAGACUCAAUUGAGCACCCAUAAUAUUUUGGAUGAUUUUAGUUUGGGGGUAGGGUGGACAACCUAUCUUAGGAGAAGCUCACCUCCAAGUUGGCUGUAGGAGGGGAGUUUCUCAAAAAAAAAUAUUGUAAAACUGUCAACAUAGUUCUAAAGAGGGAAUAGUGACCUGCAUCUGCACCAUCCAAAUCGGAGAGCUUUGGAGUUUUGAAAUACUAUUCAUCUCAAGAGGCUACUUGUCAGUUUACUCAUUCUGGAUGUUUAUAAUCCCCUACAAACUUCAUAGGGAGCCAACAAAGGAACAACUGACAAUAAGUAACACCCCCAGGUUUAUUUAUUUCAUUGAGUUAUGACUAUCCAUGCCAUUUCACAAGAUCUUCCAUUUAGAGCUGGGAGGGAGCUCAGAGGUCACCUAGUCCUACCCUCUCUUCCCUCCUUUCCCAGAUGAGGGGAUGGAGACUCUUAGAGCCUAAGUGAUUGGGCAGCAGUCACCUAGAUAGUAAAUGCAGAGCCAGUAACAGAACUCAUAUCCACUUACUUCGAAUCUACUCUAGCACUCUACCUCCCAUUUCUUCAGGUCUUCAGCCAAACUCAUUGGCCACAAGAAUCCUGUGAAUGUACUCCUUUGAUCAUAAUUUGGAUCAUGAUCUGGUGAACUUCAAGGGCCCCCUUUUUUCAUCCUAGAAUCCUGUGGUAGACCAUUGCUGAAGAGAGUCAGGAUGUACAUAGGUUGGUGGCUCCAUCAUGUCCUGAUGAUAAUCUUGCUUUCACUUAGUGUCCCCUUAGUAUCACAUUGAUCAAUUGUUCAGUGUGUACGAGUGAUUUCUUAACAUCCUCAGACUGUUCACACUAUUAAAAGUUGCACAGCCUUCUAAAUAUAACUAAACUUUCAAAAAGUCAUUCAGAAAAAAAAAUAUAAAUAUAACUAUUUGGUAGGGAGGAGAAAGGUAUAAGACUUUAUUCACUAUCCUAGAAUGUAUGAUUUUUGUGUUUUGGAGGGGCUGGGAGGAAAUGAAAGAACAUUUUCAGUGGAAGAGUCUGUAUACUUGUCCUCUAGAACAUAGCUCUCUGUAGUGAACUGACUAGAUACAUACUAGUAUGGGGUAGGAAGUUCAUUCUGCUGUUGGUUCAAUUGGUAUCGGAAAUGGGGAGCAGUUCAUUAGAAUGCUAUUUUUGUUGUCCCUUAAGUUGUCUGUGAUAAUCCAGUACUUGGUCUUUGCCUUUGAGUAGAUAAUAAUUAUUUACAAUUUUUGUCAUUUCCUUCCCCAGCUCAUUUUACAGAUUUGGAAACUGAGGCAGUUAAGGGACUUGCCCAGGGGCACACAGCAGGUGGCCGAGGUAGGAUUUGAACUCAGGUCUUCUGGACUCCAGGCCUAGAGCUCUCUGCUGUGCCACCUAGCUGCCCCUUAUGAGUAUAUAGCCAGCAUUUGCUAAAGUAUGUUUUCUAGCAAGCUCUUUUCCUCCCAUGACUAAUGAACUUUCAUCCUAACUGCAAUUAAUGUGUUGAUUGCAAAUGGUUCUUAUCUGCUCAAUAAAAUAAGAUUUCGUAAGAUAA